CACAGGGCGGUGGUAAGGAGAAGUCGCGGUGUUUCCGCUCGCGUCCCGUUUGUGAAGCUUUGCUGUGAAGCGUCAGCCCCAGGCGGCGGCGGCCCCUUUAAGAAAGAAGCGCCGCACACUGACGAAAUUUCCUCGGCCCUGCUCUCUCUGCCAGUCUGUGUAGAUCGACAACAGAUCGGAGCAGCGCCGGUAUCUGCAAGCUCCGGGCCAACGGCGCUGGUCAGGAAAGCUCUCUCUAGGGAGGAGGGGGGACACGCAACUGGUAUUUUUUUCCCACUGUCUGCCUGCCUGACCGCUCAGCUCUCAGCAGGAGACAACAUUUAGUCGGCUUUCAGAAAUUAGCGGAUGUAUCGUCGGGAUGGAUGGACGGAGUGAGCGGCAUUCGCCGUGAGACUGGCGCUAAUUUGACGUCCUGAGCAGCAGGUGUACAGAAGGAUAAAGCAGACUAAAAGGCAAUCUCAGUGUUCAUGAAACUUUGCUACGAUUUACGUGCUGGGGUUGCCGUCCGCCAUGUUAAGGUAAAGCCCAGGUGUGCGGUGUUGACCAUGCUAAAGCGCCUGGACAAGAUCCGCUUCCGAGGCCCCAGGACGAGAGACGAAUUCCCGGAUCUGGCCGAGUCGCCACCUGCCUCCGACAACGAAUGUAGCGACGACAUGCAGCUGAAGCCGAGAGCAGCUCUGCGUGACACAGAGGACGUCCUGCGAGAACCCGCUGGUUCGGGGUCUCCCACUAUGGCUGCAGCCAUACAGGACUUCCAGAGGUCAGAGUCAGAGCGGCUCAACGAAGUCAAGGGUCAUUUGGAAAUUGCCUUAUUGGAGAAACAUUUCCUACAGGAGGAACUGAGGAAGCUGCGGGACGAGACCAGCGUGGACUCCCUGCGGCAGGAGCUCGAGAGGGAGCGAAGCAAAAGGAUAGACCUGGAGCAGAAGAUGAGCGAUUUGCUCAAAACCAGGCUAGAGGACUCUCCACCACAACCUCCCAGAAAGCAGCAGUCGCCCUCAAACAACAGAACAGCAGAGAAACAGCAGAAGGAAGUGUGGAGUUCACGGCUGCAGAAGUGGCUGUACGAGCGCUUCGGGGUUUACAUGGAAGACUUCCGCUUCCAGCCGGAGGAAAGCACAGUGGAGGCUGAGGAACCGCUAAGUGCUAAAAGGUUGACAGAAAACAUGAGGCGACUCAAGCGAGGAGCCAGACCUGUCACCAACUUCUUAAGGAACCUCUCCGCCUUAUCUAAUUGGCACUCCGUGUACACCUCAGCUAUUGCCUUCAUUAUUUACAUGAAUGCUGCUUGGCAUGGCUGGGCCAUUCCCAUGUUCCUCUUCCUGGCUAUCCUACGCUUGUCCUUAAAUUACCUCAUUGCCAGAGGUUGGAGGAUCCAGUGGAGCAUUGUGCCUGAGGUCUCUGAACCCAUGGAGCCUCCAAAGGAAGACUUGACUGUGUCUGAAAAGUUUCAGCUUGUACUUGACGUUGCACAAAAAGCACAGAACCUCUUUGGAAAGAUGGCUGAUGUUUUAGAGAAGAUAAAGAAUCUGUUCAUGUGGGUGCAGCCAGAGAGCACCCAGAAACUUUACGUCUGCCUGUGGGUGACUUUCAUCACCUCCUGCGUCCUGCCGUACAAACUGCUGGGCUUUAUGAUUGGCCUGUACGCCGGCAUCAAGUUCUUCAUCAUAGACUUCCUGUUUAAGAGUUGCCCGAAGCUCCGCGACAAGUAUGACACGCCUUACAUCGUGUGGAACAGCCUUCCCACCGACCCCCAGCUCAAAGAGAGGACAAACGCCACGGUGUCGAGACGGCUCUCUGGCACUGAGAAGGUCCAGCCGGUGGUUUCUCGUGGAAGCCUCGCCAACGUCCCGUGUGGGGGGAGCAGAGAGGAGGACAGCGGUCGCUCUCACAGCACCAAGAAGGGAGCUUUCCACGAGAUUUUCAACUUGCCAGAGUCAGAGCGCCCUCUGCCAGUCUGUGAAAAUGGCUGGAGGUGUUGCCUGAUAAACCGAGACAGGAAGAUGCCCACAGACUACAUCAGGAACGGGAUGCUUUACGUCACGGAGAAUUACCUGUGCUUUGAGAGCUCCAGCUCCAGAUCGAGCUCCUCAAAGAAGCAUAAAGUCAUCAAGCUGGUGGACAUCACUGACAUACAAAAGUACAAAGUGUUGUCAGUCCUACCAGGAAGUGGGAUGGGCAUUUCAAUAGCCACUCCUUCCACUCAGAAGCCAUUGGUGUUUGGUGCCAUGAUCCACAGGGACGAGGCUUUCGAGGCCAUCUUCACCCAGUACAUGAAGAUCGUGACCAGCAAACCGCCAGCCAGCGCCGAGCUCUAAAGAGCCUUCAGCACUCCUCCGCCGGGGCUGAAGUCUGAUGCAGAGAACCUCCCGAGUCUCAGCCGAACUGGAUGACACUCUCUAACGCCGCACUCUUCGACCGUGUGCGAGCUGCCUCCUCAUCCUCAUCAUCAUAGUCGAUGAUCUCGGCCCAGUUGGUGGAUUUUUCUGCUUAGGCCACGUUAGAGGGAAUAUGUGGGUGUAGCUGGUGUUUAGUCACAUGACGCUUUUCCUGUGGGUGAUUAUGGACAAAAUUUGCUAAGAGAGGAGGAUGAUCAGUGUGGUUUUAUCAAUCAUCAGGAGGCUGGUGAGGGGGGCUGGCCUCCUCUCCCACCACU